UGCCCCAUUCUCCUUGAUUUUGUCAUCUUAUAAAUAUUUGGCGAUUGAUAUGAUUUCCGAAGCGUCUCCAUCUAUAGUUUUAGGCGAAAAGCAGACCCACAUUUAUUUCUACAGAACAAGAAGCCAUUUCAAAUAGGAAGUUACGUGCCUAGCGACGUAAAAUUGACUCGUGAUUUUCUAGUUUCUAAACUAAAAUAUUUAAAACACGCCUUCUACAGUUCACAAAACCGGUAGUUGAAAAAAAUUAGGAAUGUUUACUGGAAGCACGUGGAGCGAUAAACAAAAUAAUGUUUGUUCUGCUUAUUACGAGGCCAGUAAGUUCAGCGAACUUGUGUCUCAGUGUUUCCUUUCCUACCUCUUCUUCUUAUUGUUAUAAUUUUCUCCAUCCGUCUUGUAUACGAGGAUGUCUUUCAGCGUAUAAGUUCCAUUUUGGUGUUUCAAAGGCUGAACACUGACCAAGUAUGUCUUCGGCGCCAGUGAAUGGUCCACAGGUAUGGACCUGAACAGUAAGAAGAAUGUCAAGAUAUUUCAGAAUCCUAUUGACGUCAUUGGCACUACUAACAGUUAACAACAGUAACUGCCAGUGUAGUGAAAACAGUGAUCAGACUAUUCUCUCGAGGAAACUACGUUACGUAUUCUUUCCUGAAGGCAGCACUAUGGGGACCAGUGGCGAUGUCUCCGAAGCUUGGUUCGCCGAGGCCGAUUAUCACGUUCCAGAAAUCUCGUCCACCUUGCCUCCUCUCUUCGAUGAUGAGAGGUCAAGCCGAAUUUCUAGAGACCUGAACAGAACAGGGGUGUACACCAUGCUGGAGAAAACAUUUCACAGAUUCGGUUUCAACGGAAGAGAGUGUCUUCUAAGGACAAUCUGCGAAGUGUCAGCUUAUGAGUUACAUCGGAACAAGCACAAUGGAUUGUUUGGUGACCUCUUUCACAUUGUGUUUACUCUAACUACUAUGGUAAUACUAGCCGUCCAACCAGGCAACUAUCUACUGGAACAGAAAACAGAACUACCCAUUAUGACAAGGAAAGUUCGACACAUAAUAUUCCCAGAAGGCACCACAAUGGGGUUAUUUUUAAGUGCAACAAUCCCUCUUGAAAACAAAGAAGAUGUAUAUGUCGGCUGGUUCUUUGAAGCCAAUUAUCACGUUCCAGAAUAUCCCCAGUACUUAUUCUCUGAAAAUGAGAAUUCUAGAACGUCGAGAGGUAUGGAUAGGCGCAGAACAUAUGCUGUGUUGGAGAAUUUAUUUCAAAAAUUUGGUUUCCAGGGCAGAGAAUGCCUACUAAAUACCAUAUGUGAAGCUGCUAACACUCAGUUGUUUCAAAGUAGCGAAAAUGGACUUUUAGGCGAUAUUCUUCACAUUUUAUUCACUCCGUCUUCAUCUUUGGACGAAAAGCUAUCUCCAGCUUUUAAUAUCGCAGAAGAACAUGGAAGAAACGGAGAAGACUGUAGGCUUGCAUAUCCGAAAUGCUCCAUUGGAAUUCUGGAUGUUAUAACAAGACUUGAAGAUUAACAAUUCGUAUCUUAGUGUCAAUUACACUCGAAAAGAAAUGUCUCACACCAAGAAGACAAGACUGUAUUAAUAUGAAAAAGAAUUCCAGGGAUGAUGUUGAAACUAAAAAUGUGAUCGAAUAUCUACGGAGGGACCAGUGAAAUUGAACAUUUUCUUCAUAUACAACGAAAAUAAUAUGAAAUGGAGCUAACAAACAUCUCGGCCGAGUAGUUAACAUUUCUACUUCGCAUUUGGCAGGUUCCGGGUUAAAAUAUCAGCCCGGAGAACGGUUUCCAUGACUGAAGUUCGUGACUUUUCUCAGUCCCUGAAGUGAAAUGCUACAAUAGUUUUUGUAAAUCAUUCCACUCUCACUUCGUUCCUAGAGCUUCCAAUUCCUUAUUCACCAAUCAUCAGCUGUUUGAUGUUGUAUUAUCUGAGCAAUUGAAAACAUUUCUAAAAAAUAAAUAAAUAA